GGACUGCCUGGCCAUCGGGGCACAGAGACCUGGGGAGGGGGGUGGGGUCCCUGAGCCUGGAGUGACCACCCUUCCACUGGGAUCAGGAGAUGGAGAGCCGAGAGCCUGGCGUGGGCCAGCGGCCGCCAGAGGAUGAGAAAGAGGUGAUCCGCCGGGCCAUCCAGAAGGAGCUAAAAAUCAAGGAGGGUGUGGAGAACCUGCGGCGGGUGGCCACAGACCGCCGCCACCUGGGCCACGUGCAGCAGCUGCUCAGGUCCUCCAACCGCCGGCUAGAGCAGCUGCAUGGGGAGCUCCAGGAGCUGCAUGCCCGCAUCCUGCUGCCCGGCCCCCCGGCUGGUGAGGGAGGAGUCCGGGCAGACCCCUGCGGACAGGGGGCACCAGGCGAACCCAGCUCCUCGGCCCUGACCACUCACAGAGCCUCCUCAGAACCUGUGGCCCCGGGACCCUGGCCUCUGGCAGAGCAGCCGAGGGCCCGGCACCUGGAGGCUCUGCAGAGGCAGCUACAGGUGGAGUUGAAGGUAAAGCAGGGGGCUGAGAACAUGACCCACACGUAUGCCAGCGGCACGCCCAAGGGGAGGAAGCUCCUGGCAGCUGCCCAGCAGAUGCUGCGGGACAGCCAGCUGAAGGUGGCCCUGCUGCGAAUGAAGAUUAGCAGCCUGGAAGCCAGCGGUUCCCCUGAGCCAGGUCCUGAGCUGCUGGCGGAGGAGCUGAGGCACCGACUGUGCAUUGAGGCUGCUGUGGCCAAGGGUGCCAAGAACGUGGUGAAGCUGAUGGGCAGCCGGCGGACGCAAGACCGCAAGGCGCUGGCUGAGGCUCAGGCCCAGCUCCAGGAGUCCUCCCAGAAACUAGACCUCCUGCGGCUGGCCUUCGAGCAGCUGCUGGAGGGACUGCCUCCUGCCCACCCUCUGCGCGGCAGAGGGGCCCGGGAGCUGCGGACCGCCGUGUCUGGGAACCCCCAGCCUUCAGGGACGCUUGUAAAGCCCACCGCCGUGACAGGGACACUGCAGGUCUGCCUCCUGGGCUGUGAGCAGCUGCUGACAGUGGUGCCCGGCCGGUCCCCCGUGGCCGCGCUGGCUGGCAGUCCUUCCCAGGGCUGGCUUCGAGGCAGGGCCAGGCAGCAGCGUGGCGGAGGCCAGCUGGCCAGUGAGGUGCUGGCCGUGCUAAAGGUGGAUAAUCGUGUCGUGGGCCAGACAGGUUGGGGGCCGGUGGCCAAGCAGUCCUGGGACCAGACCUUUGUCAUCCCCCUGGAGCGGGCCCGAGAGCUGGAGAUUGGGGUGCGUUGGCGGGACUGGCGACAGCUCUGCGGUGUGGUCUUCCUGCGGCUGGAGGACUUCCUGGACAAUGCUUGUCACCAGCUCACCCUCAGCCUGGUGCCACAGGGGCUGCUCUUUGCCCAGGUAACCUUCUGUGACCCUGUCAUUGAGAGGAGACCCCGGCUGCAGAGGCAGAAACGCAUUUUCUCUAAACGCAGGGGUCAGGACUUCCUGAGGGCUUCCCAGAUGAACCUCAGCAUGGCAGCCUGGGGGCGUUUGGUCAUGAACCUGCUGCCCCCCUGCAGCUCCCCAAGCACGAUCAGCCCUCCCAAAGGGUGCCCCCAGGCCCCUACCGUGCCUCGGGGGGCUGCCAACCCUGCCUCGCCCAGUAAUUUUCCACCCAAGAAGACCCCCUUGGGAGAAGAGAUGAGACCGCCACCCAAGCCCCUACGCCUCUACCUGCCCCGGGAGCCAACCCAGGAGGAGACACCGCGCACCAAACGCCCCCACAUGGAGCCCAGGACUCGACUCGGGUCACCUGUACCAGUGUCAGCCACCAGGAAACCCCCUCGGCUUCAGGACUUCCGCUGCUUGGCCGUGCUGGGCCGGGGACACUUCGGGAAGGUUCUCCUGGUGCAGUUCAAGGGGACAGGGAAAUACUACGCCAUCAAAGCACUGAAGAAGCAGGAGGUGCUGAGCCGGGAGGAGGUCGAGAGCCUGUACUGCGAGAAGCGGAUCCUAGAGGCUGUGGGCCGCUCGGGGCACCCCUUCCUGCUGUCCCUCCUUGCCUGCUUCCAGACCUCCAGCCACGCCUGCUUUGUGACCGAGUUUGCGCCGGGUGGUGACCUCAUGAUGCAGAUCCAUGAGGACGUUUUCCCUGAGCCCCAGGCCUGCUUCUACCUGGCUUGUGUGGUCCUGGGACUGCAAUUCUUACACGAGAAGAAGAUCAUUUACAGGGACCUUAAGUUGGAUAAUCUUCUGCUGGAUGCCCAGGGUUUCCUGAAGAUCGCAGACUUUGGACUGUGUAAGGAAGGGAUUGGCUUUGGGGAUCGGACCAGCACCUUCUGCGGCACCCCAGAGUUCCUGGCUCCUGAGGUGCUGACGCAGGAGGCCUACACACGGGCUGUGGACUGGUGGGGGCUGGGUGUGCUGCUGUAUGAGAUGCUGGUGGGCGAGUGCCCAUUCCCUGGGGACACCGAGGAGGAGGUGUUUGACUGCAUCGUCAAUGCGGAUGCCCCACGUCCUCACUUUCUGUCCGUGCAAGGACUCGAGCUCAUUCAGAAGCUCCUCCAGAAGUGCCCGGAGAAGCGCCUGGGGGCAGGUGAGCAGGACGCCGAGGAGAUCAAGACACAGCCUUUCUUUAGGACCACCAACUGGCAGGCUCUGCUUGCCCGCACUGUCCAGCCCCCCUUUGCGCCCACCCUCUGCGGCCCCACGGACCUGCGCUACUUCGAGGGCGAGUUCACGGGGUUGCCGCCUGCCCUGACCCCGCCAGACCCUCGCAGCCCCUUCACUGCCCGCCAACAGGCCGCCUUCCGGGACUUCGACUUCGUGUCAGAGCGAUUCCUGGAGCCCUGAGGUCCUCUUCCUGUCCCUGUCCCAUCCCCAGACUGUUAGAGCUUCACUCACCCACCCGUCUGCCCGGCUGUGUGCCCUGCCCUGCCGGCCCAGGCCCUGCCUGGUAUUGGUCAGCCCCGGGGACUUGAGGUGGCGGCCAUGGGCCCCGGGGAGCUUGGCUCAGUCACUGGGCAGGUGCUCCCCUCUCCCUCCCACCACCCUUCCUCUGCCUCCCAGCCAGACCUGGGCCAGAAAGGGUGGCACAGCGAGGAGUGGUUUGUUUUUUAAUACUUGACUUGCUUAUUGGAUUAUUAAAUUU